GAUCCCCUUUUCCAAUCCCAUCUCCAAAUUCCUACUGCCUGCUCAAGCCUCCUCCACUUUCUCAAAAGAGCAGCAAGAAGAGAGAGAGAAAGAUAGGGAGGGAGGAUGUCAGACUGGGGCCCAGUGUUCGUAGCCGUAGUCCUCUUCGCGCUCCUCUCCCCCGGCCUCCUCUUCCAGAUCCCCGGAAGGAGCCGCCUCGUCGAGUUCGGAACCUUCCAGACCAGCGGCGCGUCGAUAUUCGUGCACUCCGUCAUCUACUUCGGCCUGAUCGCCAUCUUCCUCCUCGCCGUCGGCGUCCACGUCUACAUCGGCUAGCUUACCUUGCGAUCUCCAUUUUAAUUUCACGCUAUUUUAGAUCAAUUGUUGAGCCAUCGAAAAGGUAUUUAUAUUAUUUUAAAAAGAUUUGAGGGAAUAUGUGGAGAAAAUUUGGGACUUACAUAUUUGUGCGCUCACCGUCACCUGGGCAAAAUAUAGUAUCUAAAUGGUUGUGAUUAAUUAUGAAUGUGACUUGUGAUUAAAAUGUAAUCUCUUUCUUGUUUAAUUGUGACGAUGAAGAUCUGAAUCCAACAUAAGGAACCCUUUUAUGUUAUUCCUUUUGGCUUUCAUACGAAUAUAUGUAUCACUGGCUGAUGAAUGAAUGAACCUGAAGAUUCAUAUUUAUUUUA